AUGGAAUGUAAUAGGGAUGAAGCUAAAAGGGCUCUGGAUAUUGCGGAGAAGAAACUUUCAGAUAAUGAUUACGUUGGAGCGAAGAAAUUUGUUAGCAAGGCUCAAAAUUUAUAUCCGCAGCUUGAUGGCUUGAAACAAGUUUUGGUGAUGGUCGAUGUUUAUAUCUCAGCAGCAAGCAAGAUCAAUGGAUCAGUAGGAGAAGCUGAUUGGUAUGGAGUCCUUGGUGUUGAUCCUCUGGCUGACGAUGAAGCACUCAAGAGACAGUACAAGAAGUUAGCCCUUUUGCUUCAUCCGGACAAGAACAUGUGUAAAGGUGCGGAAGGUGCGUUUAAGCUGGUUUUAGAAGCUUGGUGUCUGUUAUCUGACAAGGUUAAGAGAACAGCUUAUGAUCAAAAGAGGAAGCGUGCUAAAGCAGGAAGUAAUCCGCCUCCGCAAGUGAAUUCAUCAAAAUGUAGUACCUUUUGGACAUUGUGCAAUAUAUGCAAGACACAAGGCGAAUAUCCGAGGGGUUUUUAUCUUAACAAGGCCAUACGUUGUCAAAACUGUGGUCAGACUUCCAUUUCAACCGAUAUACAUCCAUGGGAAAGUUAUGUAAAGAAGGCCAACUUCACUCCACACCCAAGUUUUGUGAGGCCAGGUAACCUUUCAUCAUCUUCUCCUCAACAACAACAACAACAAUGGAGUGCCAAAAGCCAAUCAACAAACAAAAACACAAAUGGAGCCUCUUCUUUUGGAGUAACGGCCAGUUAUAAUAGAGGGAAUGCCGAAAAUCAAGAACUAGAAAGAUUGAAAACACAAAACGUAUCCAAGUUUUGUGAGGCCAGUCAAACUUUCACCAUCUUCGCCUCAACAAUUGUGGUACUUAUUAAUCUUUAUCAUCUGGUACUUUUCACCGGAAUUGUUCAGUGUCAGUAA